UCCAGCUCUCCUACGCGUCGUACGCCACAUUGACCGCGCCCUGCCCAUGACUGAUGGCGCAGACCGUCCAAAAGCGUAGGCGGAACACAGACGCUACAGAGGAACACUCAGGUAAUGAAGCAGGCCCCUCCAACCCCAAGCGUUUGAAGCACCAAACCGCACGCAAGAGCACGGGAGGCAAGGCUCCUCGUCCGCGGGAUCCUGGCCCAAGCUCGCGCAGAGGACCACGGCAGUCCACGGCGGAAAGUGACGGUGGCCAGAAGAAGAAACGCCGGUAUCGUCCAGGGACACUUGCCCUUCGCGAAAUCCGCAAAUACCAGCGCAGUACCGACUUGCUCUUGCGACGACUACCUUUCUCGCGCGUUGUACGCGAGAUUGCUCUCGACAUGAUGACGGACACGAACUCCUACUCGUCUGACACGGGUCUGCGCUGGCAAAGCUCUGCAAUUCUUGCACUGCAGGAAGCAACAGAGGCUUUCCUUGUACAUUUGUUUGAAGACGCGAACCUUUGUGCUAUACAUGCCAAGCGUGUCACGAUCAUGCAGCGGGAUAUCCAGCUCGCCCGGAGAAUUAGAGGCCCGUGGGGUGGACUGGGCUGAACUACUCAGUCAAGCAUCUGCCAUUUCCAGUUCGUUUUUUUAACUUCCAGUCUAUACGCACGUUCGUGUCGCUUUAUUUGAUUGUUGGAUGCGACCAGGUUAUAAUACCGCAUCAAUGUAUCCGUACACGUAAAACCUUUCGACAUCAUGCCGAAGACCUGCUUGCAUAGCACAUAAGU